AUGAAAGAAAUAAAUAUAUUAAUUAAUUAUUUAAUAUUUUUCAUAAUAUUUUUAAUUGAAAUUAUAAAAUCAGAAUCUCCUCCAAAAUGGGAAUGGGAACCUCCAGCAAUUAUAGAAAUGCCAGAAGAUUCUUCUGUUGAUUUACACUGUCCAGUAAGAGGAAGGCCAUCCCCAAUAAUUCGUUGGUCUUUUAAUUCAAUUCCUUUUUAUGAAUUGUCUGAUGAUUAUAAUAAUAGAAGAAUUCAAUUAAAUGAAGGUCGGUUAUUAAGAAUUAAUUCUUUAAAAAGAGAUUUGGAUACUGGCUUAUAUCAAUGUAAUGCAACAAAUAUUGGAGGCUAUUUGGAUUCUUCUACUUAUUUAAAUGUUUUGGCAUUCGCUCCUCGUUUUCGUCAUAGUAACCAAAGAGUUUGGAAAGUAUUGCGUGAUUCUAGUGUUGAUUUAAAUUGUGAUGUAGAGGCUGCCCCAAUAGCGGAGGUUCAAUGGGUUGAUGCAAAUGAUACAAAUAUUUUGCCUGUUCCGGGAAAAUUGGAGAUAUUUCCAAAUUUUACCCUUCGUUUGCAUUCAUUGAGUAGUUCAGAUGAUGGUUUUUAUUAUUGUAAUGUUAGCAAUAAAUAUGGGUUAAAUCGAGCUUUGAAUAGAUUGGAAGUUUUUACACCAACAUUUUUUGCUGAAAUACCCCAACCUUCAAGAAUUACUUUAGAUGCAAAUUCCCCAAACUCAAAUCAUUUAGAAUUACGUUGUAAAGCAAUUGCUGAUAAUCGUUUAAGUAUUGAUUAUAUUUGGACAAAAAAUGGAAGUCCAAUUAAAAAUGAAGAAAAUAAUAAAAUAAUUAUAGAAGAAGAUGGGACUUCAAUUCUUCGUUUAUUCCAUUUAAGUGGCCACCAUACUGGACAUUUAGAGUGUUCAGCUGUUACUGAGGUUGAUGUUAAAUCUGCAGCGAUAGAUCUGUUUGUUAGAGAUGUCCCAGAAAGGCCAGAAUUAAUGCGUGUAGAUUGCUCUUCUGGAAGGCAUGCCUUACUUGUUUGGAAACGGCCUUCAAUAAAUAUUUUAAAUAAUGAACUACCUUUAACUGCAUUUAUUGUGGAAGCAAAAACUGACCAAAAUUCAGAAAAUUGGGAAAAAGUUUUCGAAGAAUAUUUGGGAGGAGAAGAAGAAACGGCUACUGGACCUAGAAUAUUACACAAAACAGCAAUUCCUUUAAGACCUUGGGCUAAUUACACAUUUCGAUUGUUUGCCGUUAAUGCUCACGGGUCUAGCCAACCUUCUCAACCUAUGCCCUCUUCUCCAUUAGAAUGCUCCUCUCCACUGGAUGUUCCUUUUCAAAAUCCUUUGGCUGUAACAGCAGCUGGAACUGAGCCAGAUAAUUUAAUUAUUAGUUGGCAGCCAUUACCGCGUGAUCGGUGGAAUGCUCCUGGAUUACGUUAUUUAGUGAGAUAUAGAAGAUUAGAUACAAAAGAUGGAGACUGGAAUGAAUUUCUUGUAGAGGAUCCUUUUGCUAAUCAAACAAUAAUUCGAGAACAACCAACAUUUCGCCCUUAUCAAGUUCAAAUUCGAGCAAUUAAUUCUUUGGGGUUUUCUGCAUUAGAACCUCCAAUUGUUGAAGGAUGGUCGGGAGAAGAUGUUCCAACAGAAUCACCUAAAAAUCUUCGCUUAGCAGAGCAUCACAAUUAUUCUUUUGUUACGUUAGAAUGGGAACCUAUAGAAAAUAGCUCAAUUAGAGGUCAUUUUCGAGGAUAUAGAAUUGAUUAUUGGAUGAAUAUUCACCCAAUAAUUGUACAUUCUCUCUAUUCAACAUCAAAUAGCCAAUUAAUUGGAGGUUUAGAAGCAUUACAAUAUUAUACAGCUAAAGUACAUUUAUUGAAUAACCGAUUUGAAAGCAAACCUUCAAAUCUUUUGGAAUUUAAAACAAUUGAAGGAAUUCCUUCAAAAGUUCACAAUUUACGUGUUCAUUCAGUUGGUUCUCGUUCAGUUCUUGUUACAUGGCAACCACCUUUACAUCCAAAUGGAAAUUUGAGAGGAUAUUUUAUUACAUUCCAAAACGGACUUACUGAUCACAUUGAAGAAACCUAUGUUUUGCAUCGUCAACAAUUUUAUUUACACGAACAAUUAAAGCCAAACACUCCUUAUAGAAUUUCUGUUUGGGCAGAAACUGGCGGAGGGGAAGGACCUCGUCUUUGGAGGAAUACAAAAACUUGGCCUUUUCGAAGUUUGAAAAUUAAAAAAAAAUUUAAAUAA